GAAUUCGAAUAUUUCGAAUGUUUUGCUUAUAAUUUUAAAUAACAUAGAAUUUUAAAGAGUUUGCAUAUCAAGCAACCCAUGAAAUUCUAAUUUAAAAAAAAGAUCUAAACGUUGUGAAGAAGUAUUAACUAAAUAACUUUGUAAAGCGGCCAUUAGCAAAGAAAAUCGAUACCCGAUAUAAAAGUUUAAAUUCGGGUAUUUGAAGGUUUAUGAAAAUGACAUCACAAGUAUAUUUUUUAAAUUAGAAACAAUGAAGACAACAAAACAGAAUAAAAUAAACAACAUUCAAUAUGAAUUUAAAUGUAAUAUAUGUACAAAGAGAUUCUUCAAUAAAACAUUAUUACAGCAACAUAAAAAGAUACAUAACAUGACAUACAGCUGCAAACUGUGUUCGUAUUCUGGUAAGACUGUGAAAUACCUCAGCCGUCAUACCAAGAAAGUCCACACGGAGCCGACCAUAUCGUGUAAUGUUUGCGAUAAAAAGUUUCACUUUCAAUGUAAUUUGAAACAACAUCUAUUAGUGCAUACAGGUGCAAAACCUCAUAAGUGCAAAGUAUGUGGAAAAGGUUUUAACAGUUCAUAUUCACUUAGCACACAUCAGCUUAUACAUGAAAAUCUCAAGCCAUAUCUUUGUACUGUAUGUGAUUAUGCAUGCCGUGACAGCUCCACACUUAGGAAACACAAAGAUAGACAUCUUGGUAUAGUGAAGAGAUACCAAUGUGAACUUUGUCCAAGACUUUUUAAUGCGAAUAUAUAUUUAAAAAUGCACAUGGAUGAGAAACAUUUUGGUAUAAAUGUACACAAAAUAUCGUGCAAAUUUUGUGAUAAAAUGUUCAAAAGUAAUUCAACAUUAAAUAUGCAUAUUAGAACAAUCCACGGACGUCAGUAUGAAUGUGAAUGUGCUAUAUGUGGUACAAUAUGUAAAGACAAAGGUAAUCUACGAGCACAUAUGAUGUGCCAUGUUGAUAUAAGGCCAUAUAAAUGUACAUACAAAAGUUGCGGAAAGAAAUUCAAAUGCAUGAGUGAUUUAAAGAAACAUAUUAUAAUACAUUAUCCAGAACAACAACAUAAAUGUUUUUGCGGACGUCGUUUCGCGCGCAAACAUCGUUAUGACGUACAUAUAAAACAACAUAAACACAAAGAGAAGACAAUUCAAUGCGAUAUGUGUGGAGAAUGGUUUAAUAAUAAAUCGCAAAUUAAGUUACACAUAGCUAAGAUACACAUAGAUCGAUACAUUUGCGAUGUUUGUGGAUAUCAAACUAACAACAAGACUAGUAUUGUUGUACAUAUUAAGGAAGGACAUAAUCAAUCUUGCAAUAUUUGUGGAGAAACUUUUGAAAGACAUCUUAAAUUACAUUAUUUGAAGUGUCAUUCUAUCAAAUACAAGAAACCGCGAUUAAAACACAAGGAGGUUCUCGAAGAAACUGAUUUCAAAAAGGAGAUUGAGAAUAUGGAGUUAUUUGAAGUAGAGAAACAGGAGAUUUUAUCCGAUAUUGAACAUGAAGAAACAAACAUAAGAGAAAAUCACAGAAUAGGUGAAACAAUAAAUUAUAAAAUUAAUCUUGAGAAAGAAUUGAAUAGGCCUGUUAAUAAAGCAACUAUAAUAAACAAGAACGUAGACCUGAUUGAAAAAAUAAAAAGAAUCAACGUAACAGUAAAAAUAGAUAAAAAAGCAAAAGAAAAUGCAGAAAAACAUAUACAGAAAUUAUUAGAUAAAUCUACGAGACAGAAAGAGAUGAAAGAAUUGGAGGAAACGAGACAGAUGUACAAUGAGAGGAUAAGACAGGCAAUUAAUAGUAAGCCAAGAAAAGGACCUGUAAUUAAAUUCAUUAAAAUUAAUAAUAACGCUAAUGAAAAUAAUGAAUCACAAAAUAAUGAUAUUCAAUCACAAUUCAAUGAUGCAAAAAUUAAUGAUAAUGAAAUUGUCAGAAGGAAUAAUAAACUGAAAAUCAACACACACCAGUGUUAUGUUUGUUUUAAAUUAUUCGAAACUAAACCAAAACUGAUAGAACAUUGUAUAGAACAUUUUGAUGUUUGUUGCGAUGUGAUGCUAAAAAAAUGCCCUCUUUGUGAUUACGUGACAAAAUUAAAUCUAUCUAGACAUAUGAAAUUAAUACAUAAAAUUAAUAUACAACUACCCUACACAAGAUUUAAAGAUAAAAAACAUAAUAAUAACGGUUCUAGAUAUUAUUACGAUAUAAAUAAUAAAAAUAUCGAUAAAAUUGAAAUAAUACCGAGUGCAAUGAAUGGAUCGUGGGAGAUGAAGAAGUAA